AUGCCAUUCUCUCCACACCCUACUGAGGUCGCGGUCCCCAUCUUGCUGGCCUGUGCCACCCACCGCGAUUUUUCACCUCGGGGCCUCGCCCUGGCCACCUGCCUGCCUCCCGGGACACGCGCAGCGCAGCCAUCUGCUCGCCAGCCAACGACAGAGCCCUCCCUGCACAGGGCCUGCCUGGCACCUGAGCCCAAGCCGGGAAGGUUGCUCCACCGGGGCCACCCCCCUCGGCGGCCACACCGCGUCUCCAAGCGGGAAACCGCAGCCGGGGCCGAACCCCACCACACCGGCGCGCUCCCUCAGCGGGCUGCCCGCGAGCCGGCAGCCACUGCGCCACAGCGCUCCUCCGAUCCGAGACCGCGCUCCUGCCUCGCCACCGACGCACCGGAGCUGGACCCUGGCCGGGGAGCCGUCGGCCAGAGCGCAGAAGCCAGGCUCGGGCACUUGGCCUGGCCUCUGGGCCUGAGGCCCGCUCGGCGGCGGGCGGCGGCGGAGGCCGCGCUCCCGGGCCUCCAGCUCCGACGGCUCCCCCCACGCCCCGCCGCCCCCGCCCUCGCACAGCCGGAGCACCGUUCCCGCCCGUGCCCGCCCUCGCGCCCAGCGCCCCGGCAAGAAAGCCAGCCGCCCAAGGCACUUUGGGACCGGGCUGUGGGUCGUCGAAGGAAACGUCGGCCUUCAGCUGCACCCGCCCACAGAUCGCCUACCCUGACUGGCAUUCGGGCGCGGGCCAGGCUUGGUCCGGCUCCCGGCUGCCUCUGGCGACGCCGGCCAUCUCGCCGCGGCCCUGGGCGGCAGAGAAGGCGCGGCACGGGCCGAGCCUGCCUCGGUGCCUCGGUGCCUCCUCGCCCGCCCCCUUGCGACCGCGCCUGCGCCCUAGCGCCCUUCACGUACCUGGAGCCUCUCUUGGAGCCCACCAGUCCGCCGCCUGCUCAGAUGGAGCAGGUGGCCGCGGAGGGCGGGCGGGGACCAGCGUCGGGCGGCUGGUGGCGGCGGCCAUCGGUGCAUGGGUGGUUCAGUGGUAGAAUUCUCGCCUGCCACGCGGGAGGCCCGGGUUCGAUUCCCGGCCCAUGCAGCACCCCGAUCCCCUUUUGGUCCCGCCGCCCCAACGCCGAGCGAGGCUUCCUCUCUCCCGCGCUCAAGGCACCUGUCCCACACCGGCUCUGCGGCCCACCGCAGCACAUUCCACGUGCUCUCGUCUCCCCCGCCCCCACCCCCAAGCCCCCUCUCUCGCCCUGGAGACAGAAAGUGCACGCGGGGAACCAAGCCCCCGUGCCCAGACACCUCGACCGCUCAGCCACUCUUGUGCCCACACGCCUUCCUUGUCCCUCUGCUCUUCGCUCCCGUGACCCCGCUCGGCUCACGCCUUUCGCUUCGAGGAAGGCUACCCUGCACCACACACUGGCCCCCGCACGCCCCACUCCGUCACGGGGCACAGGACACCAGUCUCGCCGGCCUGGGCCCUCUCCCACCACGGGGGCUUCCAUCUUCCUCGCGCCAGGGCCCACGCCCCCUGCCCGCCACCUGCUGUUCCUUCCAGCCCCCAGGCUCACCCCCUCCAUCCCUCCGCCACCAACCCCGUGGACCCCGGGCCCCUCUACGCACACUUCCACCGGUCCUGUCCUCCUCCCUCGGGCCCCUCGGACAAACCCCUGCUCCGUCCCCACCGGCACCCUAAACCUCGGCCCCCCCACCGCACCGCCCCCCCCCCCCCGCGGCACCCGUGCCGGGCAAGGUGCGCCACCGCCCGGAGCCUGUGCAGAGCCCCUGCCUGAGCGGCCAGCCGCACUCCCGGCCACAUCCCGCAAGCCCCGCACCUCCCCGCCCACGCUCCACUCCGACCCACCCGGGACGCCCUCCCACACCUCCCCCGUGAGCAGCACGACGCUCACGGCCGUCCCCUCUUUUCGGGGUCGUUUGGCCCUGUGCCCUGACCCGCGUGGGAGGCCACCCACGGGAACAGACACCUUCAUCCCGCUCUGUCACCCGCCCACCCACACUCACCCCCCCCCCAACACCCCGGCCAGGCCGGUGAGGGAACUUCCUGCGCUGGCGGUGAGCACCCCCAUGCCCACAGGGGCUCCUCGGCACACGUCAGAACGGCUCCGUCUAAACCCGCGGAGUGUGCCGCCGCCGCCGCCGCCGCCGCCGCGGCUCUCUGCCCUUCCUGGGCUCGGCUCUCCACUUUUGCCUCCGAAGGAGCCAGUCGGCGAAGAGGUGUUCAAGUCGCUGUCAGCGGCCCGGUUGUUGUGGCGGGAAGGAGACCGAGAGCUGCCACCUACUUCGGGGAGCUCCGGCUCUCGGCUCCCCUCGGCGCACGAGACCACGACGCACUUGGCGCCCAAUCGGCGGCCCCGGGGAGACGCAGCCGGCACAGGACCUGGCCGGCGGCGGCGGGUAAGCUGCCCGCGCCUUCGCCGGCACGAGGCGCCAAGAAGAGCGGGAGCGAGGCGAGCGUCCGAGGAGGAGGAGGAGGAGGAGGAGGAGGAGGAGGAGGAGAGACGUCGGGUGGGCGAGGCGAGGCGAGCGAGGGCCAAAAAGGUUGGCAGGGGCGCAGGCCAGCCGCGCGCGGCCCCCGGCAAUGCAGGCGCCCUAGCGUUCUUCCUGCCCGGCUGCACCCUCAAAACACUGCGCGCGCCUCCUUCUCGCACACACGCACACGGCCGCGGGCCCGGCUCCCGGCCUCCGGCUCCCGGCUCCGGGCCAGGAGGGCCCUGCGGUUCCGCAAAAGGUCGGCCCGCUGCGUUGGCCGGGAAUCGAACCCGGGUCAACUGCUUGGAAGGCAGCUAUGCUCACCACUAUACCACCAACGCUGCACAGCCCGCGCCGCCCCGAGAUGCCGGCCCGGGGCUCGCGCCGGCGCCGUCACGCCGCCGCCGCUGCCGCCGCCCGGCGCAGCCCUGCCCCGACGCCCCGCCCGCUCGCAGCUCGGCGCUGCCCCAGGCGCCGCCAACGGCCGCCCCGCGCCAGACGCAGCGGCCCUCGUCCGCCGGCCCGACCGCCUCUGGGGGCGCCCUGGCCGCCGUCCUGCGGCAGCGGGCUCGGCCAAGCCCUUCUCCACCGGCGGCUCCGCCAGGCCACUUCCGCGAGGCACCGAGGCGGGGGACCCAUCCGACCCCCGACCCGUCCCGGCAGCUGUGCAGCUGUGCGUCGCGUCGCAAGGAGCCCAUUGCGCCAGCCACCUUGGCAGGGCCGCUCGUCGGGCGCCGUGGGGAGGAGCAGAGGAAGCCCUCGCUCGGCUGCGGCGAGCAAGCGCCCGGCGAGGAGGAGGACAAGGAGGAGGGGAGAAGGGUCCGGGUGGGCGAGGGUGGGCAGCCGGGGCACGAGUCGGCGGCCUGCGCCUCGCUGGAGGGCGGGGGAGGGAGAAGAAGGGCCCUUGGGCGCAAGCGGCUGGACGGAGAGCGGUGCCGGCGACCAAAAGAGGGCGUCUUGCCUCCCCGUCGGGGAAUCGAACCCCGGUCUCCCGCGUGA